AUCCAUUCAGGCCCAAAAAGGCAGGUGCCUUUAAAGAAACGCGCACAGCCGUUGUUACCCCCUGCUUGGUCAGUUCAGUGUAGUCAGGUGUAUUCACCUCCCCACCCGCCUCACUUCACACGAGGUGUCUCUGAGGCAGAGCUGCAAGGGGAUGUGACAAAGAAGAUGGAGGACAGCGGGAACGGGAGGAGGUUGGGUGACACACAUCUGGGUUGCUGUUAAUAGCACAGACGGGACCAGAAUAGCAGGGCGUCGCGGGAGGAAACCGAGCCUCUGCAUCCAGCACCUUCACGCGUGAAACUCGAGUCGGGUAGCAAAAAGGAGAAAAAAGCCGGGUAGGGGUCACAAAAACUAACAAAGCCAUGCAGAUCAGGUGAUCAAACUUCAUGAGAUUAGGAUCCAGUGUUGCACGAUCAUAUGUGUGCUCAUUGCACGGAAAUCAUGUCAGAAUAAGCGAACCGUGCCGUGCUAGAGCGCAGACACCUGUACGCGCGCUUCAUACCUGUCUUUGUCCUUGAGACGCCACGGACUAGACACAUUUAGCUCUUUAACGGAGUUCAGCCGGUCUCUGGCAAUCUGGCCCAUUUGGGACUCCUCCUCCUUCAUCACCCCUCCACUCCCCCCCCCCUCGCACUCACACCUCCUCUUCAUCUCUUCCGCCGCUGCUCCGCUCGCUGCUCCCCGCACAGCCGCAGUCCACAGCGAUGCGCCGUUAACGGCAGAGCCGCUCCGCGCUCUUUUUGCUUCCAUUUAUCCCCCUCUCCCGAGCUGCGUCUCCGUCCACAGUGAGAUACCGUGGAAAUGCCAGGCUGUCCUUCUUCAAUCUAGACCGGGAAGUCUCAGCUCACAGAGUCAAGACGGGGGGCACAAUGAGUGAAGAGCCACCAGUCACCCCCAGCUGGCUGGCUCCUGAUUCCACAGCUUGGGCCAGCGGAGGUGGUGGACCAAUGGACAACAGCACCAGCCUGGGGACGCUUCCACCGGAAGACUCCCUGCGGCCCAGCCAGCUGCCGCUGCUGGUCAACCCCUGGGACAUUGUGCUGUGCUCAUCUGGGACUCUGAUAGCCUGUGAGAAUGCUCUGGUGGUGCUUGUGAUCUGGCAGAACCCAGCGCUCAGAGCUCCCAUGUUCCUGCUGAUCGGCAGCCUGGCAUUGGCUGACCUGCUGGCCGGCCUGGGCCUCGUGCUGCACUUCACCUGUGCCUACUUACUUCGCUCUGAUUCAGCCCAGUUGCUGACUGUGGGCUUGAUAGUGGCCUCAUUCUCUGCUUCUGUCUUUAGCUUGCUGGCUAUCACUAUUGACCGAUACCUAUCAUUGUAUUACGCCCUCACCUACAACUCGGAGCGGACGGCGGCCUUCACCUACACCAUGCUUGUGCUGCUGUGGGGCCUUUCCCUUUGUCUAGGCCUGCUGCCUGUCACAGGGGUCAACUGCCUAGCGGAGGCGGCUACAUGCAGCGUGGUGCGGCCGCUGACAAAAAAUAACAUCGCCGUGCUGUCUGUCUCCUUCUUGCUGCUCUUCGGUCUCAUGCUGCAACUCUACGUCCAGAUCUGCAAGAUCGUGAUGCGCCACGCUCACCAAAUCGCCCUACAGCACCACUUCCUGGCUGCCACACCCCACUACGUCACAACCCGAAAGGGCGUGUCCACCCUAGCCAUCAUCCUGGGUACCUUUGCCGCCUGCUGGAUGCCAUUCACUGUCUACUCGCUCAUCGCUGACUACACGUACCCGCCGCUCUAUACCUACGCCACGCUGGUGCCUGCCACCUACAAUUCGGUCAUAAACCCGGUCAUCUAUGCCUUCAGGAACCAGGAGAUCCAGAAGGCGCUGUGGCUGGUGUGCUGCGGCUGUGUUCCCACCAGUGUGGCCCACCGUGCACGGACUCCGAGUGACGUCUGACCAAGCAGACCCAGGUGGGAAGAAAGAGAGGCAACCUGGGUCAGCUCUGCUCCUCACUGGAUCUUACCAGUGCCAAAGAGAGAGCAGCAGCAGAGGAGGUCCGGGGCAGUGGUGGAGGGUUGUGGCUUGAGCUCUGUCCUGGAGAUGUCAGUGGCAGACGCAGAUUGGUUAAUCAUCCACAGCCAAAUGGAUGCAUGGAUGGAUGGCUAGAUGGCAUUUUUUUCUUUGAUACACGUACCACAGGGCAAAGUAUCUUACUGUCUUCCCCAGUAAAGGCCACUAUCGGGACUGCAUCCCGCUUUCCUCCCGUUCAACCCACGCCACGCCCUUCCUCAUGUCUGCAGAGAGCACUGAGUGCAUCACAUGUUAAAGGCAGCAGCUGUAUAUAUAAGACAUGCAUACACUAAGCGGAACCGGACCACUUGAGGACAUGUGCUUAUUUUCCUCCAACAGGGAGGAAUUGUUAGUUUGCGCCUGCGUGCGUGCAUGUGUGUCUGCGUGUGUGUUUGUGUAAAAACCUCACGGCGCAUUCGUUUGUGAUGAGCGGAGAAGAAAGGAGGGAGGGAGCCGACCGCGGCUCAGUACGCAGGCAUUUCCACAGCAAAGCCCGUCUGGAGCAGCAGCAACCCGGCAGCUCUGCUGCUGCACUCUGAACGUGCGUCGAAAGCUAAACAGCCGCGGAGAGCUAUAAAUAGACCCGGAGCUCUCUGAUCUGCGUCCUGCGUUCUCAACGGAAAGAAAUCAAGCCGCUCCCUCUUUCUUUCCUACCCUCUCUCAUGUUCUCAUCCCUUUUCCCCCCCUUUCUGGAGGUAUUUUAGUUCAGCUCGCAUCUCAGAGGGCCAAGACAAAGCACUUGAGAGACUUUCCCCAUUAGCCCCCUCUUUCAUUUUUUAUUAGUAUGGAUGGAGGCAUCAAACCAUAUAGAGGCCUGUUGGAUUAUAUAACAUUACUGUAUACCUCUCCUCCUCCACCUCCUGAGGGGAGAUUUACAUUUCAAAUAUAUAAAAGAAAAACAGCUGGUCUAUUAUUCCUAAAGGAAUAACAUGGGUGGUGAAAUUAACACAGCUAAUCAAAUAAAUGGAGCCAGAGUAGCAAAAUUAUACUAUUUAUUUUAUUUGAUCAUGUUUCCCUCCCGAAGAGCCUCAACCUCAUUAAUAGGUGUGCAUGUAAUGGCCCGGUUUAAUUUGCAUGCAGGUCGCUGUUUGCUCUUCCUGAGUUCAGUGUGGUAGGUCACACAGGUCGCUGCAGGCAAUGUGCCGUGGUUUCCUGAUGUCACCAUGACCCAAAUAAUUGUGUUGUAUGUAUAAUGUACCUCACAUUGAAAGAGCUAAAAUCAUUGCACCAAGGUCACAGGAGAGGUUUUUGUUUCAGCAUUUUGCUUCAGACGCUCUGAUAAUGAUCAUUCCACAUCACUCCUCAGCUGCUCUGAGUUAGUUCUCCAGAAUAUUUUGGUUUUAAAACAGGUCUGCAACCUUCUCGAAAUCAUCAAUUCCUUAUUUUCUAUUCAGCAAUAACUAGCCUGUGAUUGGUAGUUAUUUUUUAGACGCGAAGCAAUACUCAGACAGCAAUAACAUCCACAUCCCACCACGACUUCUUCCUGCAGAGUCAAGUACCAUCUUGGCGAUGUGUUGCAGAGAACAGGCUCAGCGAACUAUGAGUGAUGCUUCAGAGAUGCAUCUUCAAAUGGAUGACAGACACAUAAUCACUCCCAUGGCUGAGGGAAAAAGAAAAAAAAAGAGGAUGAAACUACUCAUUCAUCACAGUGACACCACUGCCUCAUUUCUCCACAACCCUACAUCGGUCUUCAAUCAUUUAUCACACCGGGGUGAAAAUGUGAACUUUCUUUUCCUGUUGCCUCUGCCUUUUGUGAGCAUACGAACUGUCCGUCCUGAGUUUUGUAAUCUCAAAUGUGUGAUUUGGGACUGUUUUGCAUGGUCUCUGGGUGUGUACAUGUGUGUGCGUGUGAUCCAUCAGCUCAGCAGACCAGAAUCUGUCUCCUUGUGUGGGUCAGAGGGGGAAUAAUGCAGGUCUGAAACAUAUCAAGUCCUGUUGACCUCUGACCUUAUAGGAAUAUGCUGUAAGUCUUCCUGUCAAUUCUGAAAUAAGUGGCCUCGUUAUGUGUUUGUAGAGCUUCUCGGAAGGAGAUGGGACUAGGAGGUGGGUGCAGUGGCCGGAGGGAGCUCCAGCACUUCAAGCCAAAGUGAAAGGGACUCUAAAUGAACUGGGAUCCUAGUCCUGCUGUGUGUCUUCUGUCUCCUCUAUCACUAAUAUUUUACUCUACAUUAAACAAUUUAGUCUGGUUGAGGCAGGUGUCCGUUAAGUGACCUCUGAAUGAUCCUAUGAGCUAAAAAAGGCUACUUCCAAAUAAAAAGAUAAUGCCUCUUCUUUCCUUCCUUGCUGCUUCCCCCAACUCUCAGAGAGCCUGAUUUAUGGGGCUCCCAGUAUUAAUCUUUCUGGCCUCAGACCAGGUGGGAUCAGUGAGGAAAGUUAAAGGACAGCAUUUCCAAGCAUUGGAGUGUAGCCCUUGUAUGUGAACUUGUGCACAGUGUCAGGCUGCACCCUAUAGUCAUUUGAUUAGCACCGACAGGUCAGACUGGCACACCACAAACCAUCACAAACUCUUGUUACUUUACCUUUGGAGAAAAGUCUAUUUUGUUAUAUUCAUUGAGAAGUUCUAUUUUUUUCCACUUCAGUCUGGCCUGACUUCUUUCGUAUUCUGAUGUUGUCUUGAUAUUAACCGCGCUGUAAAGCCUUUUUCUGAAUGUAGUAUUUAUCAACUUGUUUAACCAACUCUCUCGACUCGUGUGUUUCUGUAAAUAAGGCAUGCCGAAGAGGAGGGACUUUAUACCCACCGUGCAUGGUGCUACCAAAGCCAGUCAAACUACAGGAUGAGUUAAGGUUGCACCAUAUUUUCAGUGACAUUUCUCCACUUUGGCUGUUAAUGUGGACUCUUUGUUAAGACUUUACUUUCCUCGCUUCAAUAUGCACCAGUUUGUCAAGGCUGGUUAAAGGACGAUUAGGAAGGCUCGGCUAAGCGUAUGGGAGAUGUUUUGGUGGUACGUGACUUUCUCUCAUUGGUGAAUGUGAAUCUCUUGUGUGCAGCCAACAGUAUUGUUGAGAUUUUCAUUGUUGAACAUGUGAAAAAGGGCUUUGUAUCCAAGAAAGGCAAACGACUGUGAAGUUGGAUGUAAUACUUACCUGUAGACGCACCUGUUAAUGUACCCAAAGGUUUCACGGUGUCAUAGUACUCAAGGUUGUGUACUAAACAGCAGUUAUUUUUGGUGGGUAAUGUUGCCAGUAAUGGGCGCUUAGUUAAGCAGGAGAAGACCUAAUUUAGAGCUAAAUAUCAAAACACUCAAGGGUAGGGAUGGGCAAUUAAUGCUCCCAAGGGGAAACCUGAGAAACUGGGACUGUUGUGGAGGGCCCCACCCUGCUGCCAGGGUACACCCUGGACAUGUCAACGUCAAAGGAUAAAUUGAAAAUAAUUUACCUGAAUUUCAGAGUUCUCCAUCUAUAUGUGAAUUCCCCCCCACCCACACUACAAGCUGUUUGUUCUUCUUUCUGCGCCCCACCUCUCUUCUCUUUUUCAAUUAAUUCAUCGCUCAUUCGUACAUGGGGUUCUGCCUGGCUCGGGAGCCACCGCUAGUGCCCUUUGUGGCCUUCCCUGGACCAUAGCCUCAAUUCAUGCUUACGCCAUCUACCGUUAUCUACUAGAAAUGCUGUCAAAUCUAAAUGAGGAUAUUAUUGAGCAUAUUAUUUGAGCAGAAUUCAGCAAAUUGGUUCGAGCUUCAACAACAGUCCCAGUUUCUCAUGUGAUGCCUUAGGAAAGGUAAUUGCCCAGCCUUGCUCAAGGGUCCGCGAAUGUGUGCGUGUGUGGGUAUGUGUGUGUGUGUGUUUUAGGGUUGGGUUUGGAGAUGGGGGCGACACCACGGAAACGGUAAGAGCAUCUUGUGUAAACGUAUGCGUAGUUCUUAAUGUGAAAUGCACUUUAUUUUUUGGGGGAUGAAAAUGGCACAACAAUUUAAGUAUCUGCAAAAUAUAAACGAUAAUCAACAUGCACUAACUUAACUGAGAUAUUGUAAAAAGAAAAAAAAAACACAUUUGUGUGACCGUGCUGUCUAUUUUUCCAAGGUGUUAGUUGUACUUUUUAUUGCUUUGGUUAGUUCACUCAACUGAGAGAUCUUGUUAAUUUUGUAUUAAAACCAAACAUGUGCUGUGCAUAAAACUCCUGCCUGGACUCCCUUUGUUCAUCCUUGCCCCUCCCUUUUCGCACUCUUCUGUUUCCCUGGCAACUCCCUUCUUAGCUGUACUGUUCCCAUGGAAACUGAAGGGCCAGGUAUUUGUCGU